CUGUGCUUUAGCUGGUGUCAAUAGUCUCUUCCAUUUUCCUUGAUCAUUUUAUAAAUUUUCUUCCGUCUCUCCGAGUAUUGUCUCCUUGUUCUUUUACUUUCUCCGACAAAAACAUGGGUUCCAACGAUUCCGAACUUCUUGUCGAUCUAUUCCCGUGGCUCAAAGAAUACAAAGAUGGAACCAUCGAAAGAACAGCAGGAUUCGAAGUGGUUCCCCCGGGGCUUGAUCCCGAAACCAACGUGUUAUCCAAAGAUAUCGUCAUCAUACCUGAAUCCGACGUCUCAGCUAGAAUUUACCGGCCAAUCUUCGUCCCCAACGAUCAAAAGCUACCCCUUGCAGUUUAUUAUCACGGCGGAGCUUUUUGUGUUGCUUCGCCAGCGUCCCCAAACUACCAUACCAGCCUCAACAUGCUCGUUGCCGAGGCCAACAUUGUCGUUGUUUCGGUCGGCUAUAGGCUAGCCCCCGAGCACCCUCUUGGACCUUGACCAGGUUUAUUUGGUUGGUGAUAGUGCUGGUGCAAACAUUGCACACCACUUGGCUCUCCGGAUCAAGGAUUCGGAUCUGAGUCAGAAGUUGAAGAUUGUGGGCAUUGGGAUGAUCCACUCUUACUUCUGGGGAACCGAUCCGAUUGGAUCUGAGGUUACCGAUCGGGUUCGGAAAGAGCUAGUCGAUAAGUGGUGGCUAUACGUUUGUCCUUCCGAUAAAGGGUGUGAUGAUCCGCUCAUCAAUCCGUUUGCAGAUGGAUCCCCGGAUCUUGCAGGGUUGGCAUGCCAUAGAAUCCUUGUUAUUGUUGCAGAGAAGGAUAUAUUGAAGGACAGGGGGAGGUUUUAUUACGAUAAAUUGGUGAAAUCUGAGUGGAAAGGAAAAGCGGAGAUUAUGGAGACUGAAGGUGAGGGUCAUGUGUUCUAUAUCUUUAACCCUGAAUCCGACAAGGCCAAGAGCUUGUUCAAACGCUUGGCUGCUUUCUUGAACCAAGGCAAGUGAAAAAUGUGGGGUUUGACUUGUCUUCUAGUAAUAAAAUAAGAUCAGCCGAGCUUUGAGAUAUACCCAUCACUUGAUUCUCGUUCCAAAGUAUUCUGUCCAUUUUUCUUACAUCCCUUUGUUUACUUUGUGCAAUGCGAUUCUACAUUUUCUC